UGUGUCAUGUCCGUGACUCUUAUGGAACCUGUAUAAUUUUGAUAUAUCAAUUAGUGUUGACUCCUUCGCUAGGCAGGAGCACAACUAUUUCCGUACAUUAAUAUAGAAUGGAUGAGAGGAUGGAGAUGAUCACAGUGAAAGAGCUUUCAUUACAGUGGUAGAAAUCUCCAAUAAUCAGAGAGAUAUUUGUAAUGUUAAUACUCAAAUACUCAAAAUAAUAUUGAAGAGAGAUUUGUGCAAAUUGUGAUUGAGAAUUAAAAUCAAACUUAUAUAAAUGUGACCGUGAGAAACUCCUCUAGUGAUCCCACUUACAUCACAGAAAAUCAUUGAAUGCAUCUCAACAGUAGAGAUGAGAACGGCGUAAUGCUCUAUGGUGAAUGUAGGCUUGUAUGUCAAUUGAGUAUUUUUUUUCUAUGUUGAGUCGCAUAAUUGGGUCCCUAUAAAGUGGAGGUACACCACUUGCUUGUGUUUUUUUUUCACCAGGUAGAGGACAGUUUUUUUUUGGGUGGGAUGCUAUAUUGAACCAUCCCCUGUUUUAUCACCACUUUCUUCACCAUUCUUGUUCUGUUUCAUACACAACAUAAACACAGCCAAGCAUAGACUAAACUCCUCUUACUGUAUAGCACCAAACCCAUUACCCUCAUCUUAUCUCUGACUACAAACAUGAUCAAAGAGCUUCUUCACAAUGACCCUUCCUCCAUUUUCAACCUUCUCAAAUCCUACGCACUUUCUCCCCCUAACAUCCUCAAAGCCAAAGACAUCUUCCACCAAAUUCACAAACCCACUUUAUCCCAUUGGAAUCUCAUGAUCCGUGGUUGGUCCCAAACAGACAACCCAAUUGAAGCCAUUCACACUUACAACCUCAUGUAUAGCCAAGGCUUAAUUGGUAACAAUCUGACUUACCCUUUUCUCCUCAAAGCAUGUGCUCGUAUUCCGUAUGUUUCAUGCACCAGAAUGGUUCAUGCUCGUGUUUUGAAACUCGGGUUUGAGUCGGUUCUCUUUGUUUCCAACGCUUUGAUUCAUGGGUAUUCGGGAUUUGGUGAAUUGGGUUUUGCGCGGAAGGUGUUUGAUGAAAUGUCUGAACGGGAUUUGGUUUCUUGGAAUUCUUUGAUUUGCGGGUAUGGUCGGCGUAAGAGGUAUAGGGAAGUUUUGGGUGUUUUUGAAGCAAUGAGGAUGGAUGAUGUGAAGGGUGAUGCUGUGACAAUGGUGAAAGUUGUUUUGGCUUGUUCUGUUUUGGGUGAGUGGAGUGUUGCUGAUGCCAUGGUUGGGUACAUUGAGGAAAAUAAGGUGGAGGUUGAUGUUUAUUUGGGAAAUACAUUGAUUGAUAUGUAUGGACGGCGCGGUAUGGUUGAUCUGGCCCGGCGAGUAUUUGAUAGAAUGAAUGAUAGGAAUAUGGUUUCUUGGAAUGCUAUGAUCAUGGGUUAUGGGAAAGCAAGAAACUUGGUUGCUGCAAGGGAACUGUUUGAUGAUAUGCCACAGAGGGAUGUGAUCUCGUGGACUUCUAUGAUCACCGGUUACUCUCAAGCAGGUCAGUUUGCAAAGGCAGUGAUGCUUUUCAAAGAAAUGAUGGAAACUAAGGUGAAGCCGGAUAAAAUAACCGUUGCCAGUGUGCUCUCUGCGUGUGCUCAUAUCGGCUCACUUGAUGUUGGAGAGGCUGUUCAUGACUAUAUAAGGAAACAUGAUGUGAAGGCGGAUAUUUAUGUUGGAAAUGCUUUGAUUGAUAUGUAUUGCAAGUGUGGAGCGGUUGAGAAAGCAUUGGCGGUGUUUGAAGAGAUGGGGAAGAAGGACUCUGUAUCGUGGACAUCAGUGAUCGCAGGCCUUGCUGUCAAUGGUUAUGCAGAUUCCGCACUUAAUUUAUUUUCACUUAUGUUGUGUAAAGGUGUUAGGCCUACUCACGGAACCUUUGUUGGAGUUUUGCUGGCCUGUGCUCAUGCUGGAGUGGUAGAUAAGGGAUUGGAAUAUUUUGAAAGUAUGGAAAAAGCUUAUGGACUAACACCGGAAAUGAAACACUAUGGCUGUAUUGUGGAUCUUUUGAGUCGCUCCGGCGAUCUAGAAAGGGCAUAUGAGUUCAUAAAGCGGAUGCCUGUGGAACCUGAUGUUGUAGUAUGGAGGAUAUUGUUGAGUGCCUCUCAAGUUCAUGGAAAUCUACCCUUGGCAGAGAUUGCCGCUAACAAGCUUCUAGAAUUGGAUCCUUCUAAUAGUGGCAACUAUAUACUAUCCUCUAAUACUUAUGCAGGAUCCAAUAGGUGGGAAGAUGUUAUUAGAAUGAGAGGACUGAUGGAGGAGAGUAAUGUACAUAAACCAUCAGGUAGCAGUUCCAUAGAAAUAAAUGUUUCAAACAGUUCUCAGGAUACAUGUUUUGUUGAAGCACAAGAGAAAACUAAAUUGAACGCUAUGUAGAAGAAUCAUUUAUUUCUUUUCUUUUAUGGGAUAUCAUGGUCAAUAGAAGGGGGAAAAACGAAUGGCCUGGAGAUUUACACCUGACCCUUGAUAGCUCGGUUGUCUUCAAUUUCUCACAGCUCACAAAUGACUUCAUAUCUGUUGGGAUGAGGUACAAGUAUAAUUUCUUAUUGUGGAUUAGAGAUGAAAUUGCUAAACAGACAGAGGAUUGAUCAUUCAUGGCUGCUGCUAACUCAUACAGCUAUCAUAAACAAUAACUCAUCAAAGCCGCAGCAAAAAAUUGGGCAAACUGAUUCCAACAGAUGAGCCAUGUAGCAGCUUGAGAUAAUGAUGUUAAAGGACAUCAUCAAAUUCAUGGGGCAAAGCUUGUUUAAGCUUCUGCUUUCUGUGACAAUACCUUUUUAUCCACUUGGAUAUUGAAAGGGUAAACACCUUGACUUAGGAAACCCUUUUCCAACCCCAUAUUUGGACUUCCAGACAUAUCUUCAACUGUUUGUAACUAGACACUGGUGUAUCAAGCAGUGUUACAAUUAGGACUGUUCAAAAAAACCACAAAAUCAAACCGAACUGUAGUUAAGUAAACCGAACUAUUACUUUUGGUUAUGAACCGAACCUGUGUUUCACAAACAACCAUAACUGAACCAAACUGCAGUAAACCAAACCCAAACUGAUCAAACCAAACUGUACAACAGCUCAGUUAUUUUUAACUUCAGCUUCUAAUAUAUGCAUUGCAGACUCGGUUACUUUUCCCUUUCAAAUGAAUGCAUGAUCAAAUCAGUGAAUUGAAGAAUCCUAAAUCCCUAAAUCAGCGAAGAACACUCAAAUCACAUCUAGUUUCGGAAUCAAACCCAUAAUCGAAGUUCGCAAACUCAUAAUUGAAAGUUCAAAAUCGAAGGUUGCGAACUGUAACAUUUUUGCUACAAAACAAUGACAGCAUCACAAACACUCUCAGUUUUGUUGCUAUGCAAAUCUUGAUGUUCCUUCAUCACAUAUCACAAUACCUACUGUAAUAUAGAGAAAAAUAUAAACAUGGUUGCUUCUAGAGCUGUGAAUUAUGAUUGCUGCAGUGCAAUAUUCUUACUUGCUUGCAUACAUUGCAUAAUCAAGCUCUUAGUUGUGUAUGUUUAGUUACCUUUAUGUUUUUUCAAUCUAUUUACCAGUGUUAAUGGUUACUGAGACAGUUCUGGUGGACA